CCACCCCGCCGUCACUGUGGGAGAGUCAGUUGGGCCUUGUGGGCUUCCUGGUCCUCAGCUCCGCCUCGCCUCGAUCUGGCCGGACAGGGAAAACACUUCUCAGUUAAAGAACAAAAGCAACAACGGAUGGACCGAGAAGGGGCGAAGUAACGGAGACUCACAUUCGGACCUGAAUCUCACGGAUUGGGAGAUUUGAGCCCUCUACGGCAGGAUUGAGCCGACGACUGAACUCCUACGAAAGGCGACAAACUUGGUCGCCUCGCAUCUUUGUAUCCCGACAGUAAUCCGUCGAGGUGCUUGAUAAAUAAGACAAGGGUCAAACAGACAGACGGACGGUAUUGUUUCCCUGGUCUUCCGCUAAACUUCGGCCAUAAAGAAGCGGAGUGGAAGAGGGGAAACUCUGGGUUCCUUUUGUUUUCUUUUCGCUCAAACGGACCUCGGGGAUAAAGGGCUGUUUGGGCAUUUUCGGUUUCUCUUCUGGUAUCAGCCUUUGUGAAGAGGCUACACUUCAGUUUCGGGACAGAGAACUUGGGAGUGGAACAAAGCCUGACUGGAAAGGGGUGAUAAAGUGAAAGAGCCUACUUUAAUAUCCCAGAUGGCGACCUACAGUGAACAUAAUGGAAAUGGACUUCUUAUAAGCAUGAAGGAGCCUUUUCAAGGGAAAGUCACAAAGAUAGAAUGUGAAAGAAAGCUUGAAGUUAAACGCUCCUCCAAGGAUUUGCGCCACUCUGCUAGCCCAGCUGAAAGCAACGCAAGUGGCGUGGCUAGUUUCACCACUAACCACAACUCUGUUGUGUGCCUGCCUCUAGUGUCGGAGGGAUUGAAAUUGGUAUGGACACAAUCGGAUCAAACCCGUGAACUUGACACAAUCCCCGAGCUGGUCCAAGCCUUCAACUUAUUUCCAUACCCAUCAUCCCGUGAAGUGAACACGCUGGCCCGGAUAUGUGCCUUGCCACUGGACAAAGUUAAGGUGUGGUUUAUGGUGCAGAGAAUUAAAUAUGGUAUCAGCUGGUCCUCAGAGGAGAUAGAGGAGACACGGCGGAAGCUAGCAGUACCCGAGCUUUAUGAUGACUCUACUGAAACAAACGAGGAGGCCAAAAUAAAGAGCAAGAGUAAAGGUUAUGAGGAAUUGGUGAUUGAGGAUAAGGAUGGCAAUGAAGAAGAGAAUGCUCUCUCCAGCAUCACCCCCCAGAAUAAGAAACCAAAGUGUGAGUCACCAGAUUCCUAUAAACCAGCCAAACCCAGUGCCCCAUGUUUCAGUUCCACCCUCCCGCCUCCUCAGGAUUCAUACUUCUACCGCCCACCAGCGGACACACCAGCAAGCACAGCAACCGAUGCCUCCCUUGACCUUUCAGAGUCAUCUUCGCGACAGCACCGUCACGGGCGCUACAAAAAGUCUAAAGUUCAACUUGCUGCUCUUCGAAAAAGCUUUCUGAGAGAGAACUGGCCUGCAGAGGCAGAGCUUAGACGUUUGCAGGAAGAAACUGGGUUGAGCCGUAAUGACAUUCGUAAAUGGUUCAGUGACAGCCGAUACCAGCUUAGGGUUGGCCGAGGAAGCCUGGCAGCAGCCCAGAACUACUCUCAACACACUGCAGUUGGAGGUAAACAAGAUCAACAAAUACAACCGCUUCCACUCACUACUCAAAAGACUCGUCCACCUAACGGGGUGAAGGGCCCUGACAGUGCCCGUGCCAGUGGGAUUAGAAAUUCACAUUUCUUUCAGACCUUUUUAUCAAACAGCCUGGAAGCAUUUGGGGAAAGGGUUCUUGAGGCAGAUGGGUAUGAUGGUUUGGAUGAGCUUUCUGGUGAUGGGGACAGUUUUAAAGACGAGGAACAAAGUGAAGAACAACCCUUACAACUGACCAAGACCUGUAAGAUUGAGCCAGAUGUUCCACAGGAACCAUCAGGUACAUUAAAAUCCUCUCCCUACUCUUCCCCCUCUGGCAGCCCACCACUGACUGCCUCACCCAAUAAACCGCUUUCAAAGAGCAUCAGCACAUCAAAGAAGUCAGUCCACUCAGCCAAAGCCAGUCCCUCACAAACGCCCUCGCGCGUCUCAGGCGCUUCCACAUCCCCUGCCCUCACUCCUGCUGGGCGACCAAGAAAGACCAAGGAGCAGUUAGAUGUGUUAAAGCAGCACUUCUUACGCUGCCAGUGGCCCAAGAGUGAAGAUUACACUGAACUUGUUAAGCUUACUGGUUUACCCCGCGCAGAUGUUAUCCAGUGGUUUGGGGACACCCGGUAUGCCGUUAAAAACGGCCAGCUGCGCUGGGUGAAGGGGGUGCGUGAUCAGUUCUUGGCAGAACUUGCAGCCCAGCAAAGUAGCAGUGGUUUAACUAACGGAAGUGGCUCUGGGUCUUCUACUCGAGGGGGCCGCAAACGAAAAUCUCAAGCAAAUGCAGCAAGUACAGAUACCCCUGAUAUCCAGCCAUUGGUAACAUAUUACCUUUCAACAGGCCCACUACAUGAAAAAGACCUUGACACUCUAUGCAAGAAAUCAAGAAUGAGCUACCAGCAAGUGCGGGAUUGGUUUGCAGCUCAGGAUGUAGGGGAGACUGACCAAGAACCUACUGUUACUGAUUAAGACACUGGAACUAGACCCAAAAACAUUUAUAAAAGUUGGUUGAGUGCUCCUCACAUCGGUUGCACCAACGAGCAUAGUUAUUACUUUGGUUUAAAUUGCUUUAAUUGAGGCAGGUUUGUAACAUCCAGUCUUCCCAGUCCAAGCCCAAAGUGAGGUUUGUGUUUUUUUACAUAUGCUGCAUUUCCUGCUUAUCCUAAUAUAUUUGGACUUGAAUUAUAAUUGUGCUGCCUGUGUUGCUGGAAAUAGGACAGUAACUCGUACACUGGUUUGCUAUAUAUUUUUUUUUUUUUUUUUUAAGCUUAUUUUGUUUAGAU